CACCGUCGGCAGACAUGCGCACUGUGUUUUGCUUUCACUUGAUACAGGAAGACACGUGGGUAAUGCCGUGUUGAGGUCUUGAGGAGUGUUGUGACUUUUUUCUUGUGUCAACGGAACCGGUAGACACCAGGAAUGGCCCCGGUGCUUAACCUUAAUAAUGAGGUAGUAAAAAUGAGGAAAGAUGUGAAAAAGGUCAAAGUUCUCACCAUUCGCAAACUUACAAGACAUAUUGCUAAACUGAAAGCUAAAAAGGGGACAGAAGAGCUAUUACUUAAAAACCAAAGGCGAGCACAAAGAUUACUUGAAGAAAUUCAUGCCAUUAAGGAAUUGAGACCUGAUGACGUGACAAAAACAGCUUUACAGAAAGAAAUAGAUUUUGAUAAAGUAUGCAAAAAGCCAAACAGCACUGCUACAAAUAGAGCUAUUGCCAGACUGGCCAUGAACCCUUCGUUGAAGCAUAAAAUUUCAGCAAUUAAAGAGGCCGUCAAGGCUUUCAAAGAAGCUAGAAAAAGUAACCCAGAAGGAGAUAGUGAUGUAAAACAGGAUAGUAAACAGCCUGAGUGUGUACAGAACAUAAGCACUAUAACCGAAAACAAAUGCAACCAAGUCAAAGCAAAAGGGAAAAGAAAAGCAGAACAAACAAAACCACAGAAGGAAAAUACAGAAGCUCAGGAGUGCAAGCGAAUGCUGGUGGCACCUGACUGCACUGCGGAAAAGCCGGGUGACAGAAAAGAGAAUAUCUCUGCUCAAGAAAAUGUUCAAGAACAGACAUCAAGCAAUGACAUAGAAGUCCAGGUUGAAGCAGUGGAUGGUAUGUCUGCCCCAGUAAAAAGUGCGUCCACAAAAAACACUUCUUUGGUGCCACCUCCAGUAAGCGAUUCCAGUGAUAUUGAAGAUUCAGACACAGAAGACAAGGAGUAUUUCGAUGACAGUACAGAAGAAAGAUUUUGCAAGCAGUCCUCAGGUUUUGAAGACAGUGACAGUGAUGGCAGUGAUGACUUUUUCAUUGGCAAAGUAAGGCAAACAAAGAAAAAAAAGUCCGAUAAAAACUCUGAGUGCAAAGGAAAGAAAGAGUCUUCCUCUCAAGAUAAGGCAAAAAGCAUACCUGCAGAUUCAAAUUCACAAAAAUGGAAUCGUGUUCCUGGUACUGCAAAAUUACAGUCAGCCUUCUGCAAAUCUUUAUCAGAUACUAAACCGAAAGCUUCCUAUGUGAAAAGAGAGACUAAUUUACCUUUUGUCAAGAAUAAAAAGGCUGUUGCUCCUCCAGCAAACAAACUGAUGAGGAAACCCAUACCUAAUAAAGGCCAAGCAAGUUUUCCGAGGAGUAAACCACAAGCACCAGAGCAAUCGCUGCACCCCUCCUGGGAAGCCAGCCGAAGACGCAAGCAACAAAUGUCUCAGAUUACAGCAUUCCAAGGGAAGAAGAUCACAUUUGAUGAUUAGUCUGGAUUUUAUAUAUUUAAGUUAUCAUGUACAGUAAGGCUUUUAAAUGUUCUUGAUUGCACCUGUACCCACCCAUCUCGUGAUUUUGCAAUAAAAGUAGACAUUCAUCCUGUUAGUUUUUUAAGGAUUUUUAUAAAGAAGAAUCAUAAAAGAAUUGUAAAUGUUAUAGUCUGCAAGCUAUGUCAGAGACUUCUCACCACCGAGCAUCAUAUGUAAAUUCUUAUUGAGAAUGUUAACAAAAUUAUAUUCUGAGCAUUAUUUUUCUCAUGGCAGAGUGAGAUGAUCUCUCACUCCUUCUGUACCUGCAUUCACGUGAAAAAAAGAUUUGCUCCCUGUCUGAUUAUCUACACUGUUGCAUAUGUUCGGUCUCUGUAGUAUGAUACAGAUGAAGUCUGGGAGAACUAAUGGCCAUAGUUGGAUGUGUGUGUCAUUUUUUUGGCCCUGCAUGUUGCCUAAAUGUCCUUAAUACAUAAAUGACAUUUUUAUACUUCU